AUGUCCACGUGUCUAGCUAAAACUGCCUACUGUGCACAAUUUGUGUAUGAUAACAUACAAUUAGUAAGUAUGUGGUUAUCUUUCGAAGAUACAACAGUUUUAGAUAAUGCAUUAAUUACAAUGGAACAUUUGUAUAAAUCCGGUGUUGUUAAUAUACAUUUGAAACGAUUAAUGAAUGAACAAUCAUUCUUUGAAAUUGAAUAUUCAGUUAAAAAAAUUCAAUCAAAGAAAGACGAUGAUAUUGAUAAUGAAGAACAGGAACAACAACGAGAAGAAGAGAAAAUAAAAUUUAUUUUGACAUUAGAUGAUAUUGAAGAUCAUAAACGUCAAUUAACAUUUUGUAACGUUGAUUUACAUCAAAAUAUGAAACAAAAAAUAAUAUUAUUAAGUGAACAAUUGAAAUUAUUGCACAUAAUUGAAAACAUUUAUUUAAAAUUAUUAAAAUUAGAAAUGUCCGGUCAUCCUGAAUAUCAAUUGAAAAAUGAAAAAUAUGAUAUUUAUGAUCGAACAGGUAAGGAAGUCUGCGGCUUGUCCACGUAA